UGAGAUGAGAUGAGAUGUCGUUCCCACGUUGUUCAGCCUGUGAGAUCUGAAUGCCUUGAGAGAAUGAUCUGACGUGUUGACUUUUAACCGAUCUUGUUGCUGGAUGCUGGAUUACGGACUCUGGACAGUGCGCAUGCGCAGAUGGCCAACGCCAGCGAUCCCGGGGAAAGCAACAAGCCCUCUCUCCAGGACUAUGCCAUCACUCCUCCUGCUGUGAAACUGGCCUUCCUCGGCCUCAUUGCAGGGGCCAGUUUGUUGGGAAAUGUCCUGAUCUCCUUUCUGGUGGUUAAGGAUCGGUCUCUUCACAAAGCACCCUAUUAUUUUCUGGUCGAUCUGUGCCUGGGCGACCUAGCGCGCUCAGCAUCAUGCUUCCCGUUCAUGAUGGCGUCCGUGGCACGUGGCUCGACGUGGCCUUACGGGGCUAUGAGCUGCAAAGCCGUGGCUUUUCUGUCCGCUCUGUUCUGCUUCCACGCCGCCUUCAUGUUGUUCGGUGUGAGCGUAACACGCUAUAUGGCUAUCGCUCAUCACCACUUCUAUGCCAAGCGGGUGACAUCGUGGACGUGCGCCGCUGUCACCGGGGUUUCCUGGAUUCUGGCAGCGGCCAUGGCCUUGCCACCUGUGUUUGACAUGAACACGUACAGAUUCGUGCACGAGGAGGAACAGUGCAUGUUUGAGCAACGUCACGCAAGGGUCAACGCCACACUGGGGUUCACACUGAUGUUGGCUGUGGUGGUUGGAGCCACGCAUGCAGUGUAUGUCAAGAUGCUGUGCUUUGUGUAUGACCACCGCAAGAUGAAGCCAGCCCAGUUAAUCCCAGCUGUCAGCCACAACUGGACGUUUCAUGGACCUGGAGCAACUGGUCAAGCCGCUGCUAACUGGAUCGCUGGAUUCGGACACGGCCCGACACCUCCCACUCUAGUGGGCAUCAGGCAGGUUGCGCACAGCGCCAAUAGAAGGCUGCUUGUCCUGGAUGAAUUCAAGAUGGAGAAGCGAAUUGGGAAAAUGUACUGUAUGAUAACGCUGGCAUUCCUGCUGCUCUGGGCACCGUACAAUGUGUUGUCUUAUGCACAUGUCUUGAUGAAGGAUAGCGGCUUGCCACGGGGAUACGUGAGUGCUGCAGUGUGGCUCACUUUCGCUCAGGCAGCCAUCAAUCCACUCAUUUGCUUUGUUUUCAACAAGGAGCUCAGGACACGAUGCCGAGCAUGUUUCUCUUCCUGCUUGAGUAGUCCUACACAAACGCCCAUGGAGCCAUAUUGUGUGAUCUAAAGCUAGUUCGCAGUCUACGCCUACAUUUUUCUUCUAUUAAAAGAUUCUGAAGGAAUGCUGAUGAGCCUAAUUAAAAAAAAGACUUCACAAGACCAAAAGAGAGCUGUAAUGAACCAUUUUGACGAAAACAGGUUUUCUGUAAUGAGUUGUAAAUAAUUACAGUGUGUGCCAUAAUAGGCAAAUAAUCAUUGAUCAGGUGGUGUGACGCAUUACCACUUUCUGAUUACAAUACUUUUUUCUUAUUAUUUUCAUUCCAAAGUGUUUUAUUUUUCUUAUACUGUACCACAUCAAUUUUCGAAUGGUUGUAAUUUGCCAUUUAUGACA